AUGACAAGGAAGUAUGUGCUGAUGUUCGUUGCGCUGACCGCGUCAGUGUUGCAACCGUGCGAAUUGAGUUCCGCGUCGGACUUUGCGGUAUGGGCCCACAUACCGGGGUUUACCAACAAUAGCAGCCUUGGGUCGUCCGGAAACGUGGAAGAGAACACGAACCACAUCCUGGAUGUCGUCGACCGGCUUCAAUCGAUCAACGAGGUGCUGGACGAAGCGCAAACUCACAGCCUGAACCCCGUGGUCAUCGCAUUUCGGUACAUCGUAAACAGUCUGGUGGAGACGACCUAUCCCAUUUUCACGGGGCUCUCGAAUGCGUCCUGCCUUUGCGACGGCAACGUAUCGGCCAUUUUCAGUGACAUCCAGCUGAACAUAAAUGCAACGAUUGCGCUGCAUGAUCAGCACCUGGUAGCGAUCAACACAACGGAGAAAAUUCUGGGUGCGCCAAUCGCAGAAAACAUCAUCUCCGUGCUGGACCAGUUGUUGGGCUGUUUGGCAAACUUGAGCAUUGUCCUGGAACAGCUCGAGCCCUCCCUCAUCGAAGUUCAGCAGUUGCCGCAACUCCCGAACCAAACGAUGGUGGAUGCCAUCGUUUCGAACGCUACUAUCCAAGAGCUGAACGACAUCCUGCAGGAAUACGCCAUCAUCGGAAGGACCGUGGUCACGCAAAUCAACGCCACUGUCAAUCGCAUCCACCUGAUGGAUGGCUUUCUGGUUCGGAUCUCCACCGUAGCCAACGACGAGUGGCGUAAUCUGAACAGCACGCUGAGCGACGUCAACGCGAAGCUUCGUUUCGGAAUGCAAACGCGGAUUUACGAUGCCUUACACCCGCUCCAAAGUAGCUUCGACAGUAACGUAACUGCGACUACAAAAAAGCUGCAACUGUUCUUGCAGGACGACGUGGCUGAGUUUCGUUGGAGAGCCCGAACCACCAGCAAGAUGCUCCACGAGCGGUUGGUUAAUGUUACCCACCUGCUCGACGAUGUGGCCGCUCGAAUAGCGGUGAAGUCGAAGGUGCAACAAGAAUCGAACCGGGUGAUGAACCAAACCAACGAUUUACUUUCGCAUAUGGCUUGGUCGAUAGCACUGGGCGUAAUUAAGAACUACACACGAAUUGAAGCGUGCUACCAACGGUUGGAAAAUGAGUUCGACAAAAUUCCGCGGCUCAUCAGUGAGCUGAUCGCUAACUGUGGUCGCCGGGAGGCUCGCAUGAUACAAUCCAUUCUAAACGCCCACACAAAUGGAAGUGGUGUGAAGAUUCUCAGGAUCAUUCGGACCGUACUCGAUUACGAGGCUUUCCAGUAUUCCAAGUGCAUGAGCGGACUAACACCCAACUCAUCGCUACAGUUGAAACAGCAACGAAGUGGCUGCUUGUGGAAAGCAGCUCAUUUCUCGAAAGAUAUCGCAAUCCUUGGCUCGAAACAGCUGCUGGAUUGGUUCGAGGAGAUACUACGUGAUGAGUUAAGCUACGCUGCCGAGCGUUUCCAAGCGCGCGUUAGUCUCAUCAACCAUCAGGCGCGGUUGCAAGUUGCCAACCUGUUGGUAUCGAUGGAACUAUGCACGUGGUAG